AUGGGAGCUGAUAAGAAAUGGCUCUUAAUCUUUUUCUCUGCCGCCUUCAUUUCGGUCGUAUUUUUGUUCUUAAUUUCGGGAUUUAGGUCCUCGUAUUACUACGCCUUUUCCUCGCGCAAAUCAUUUGCUUCAGCUGUUCAUCGCGGGCCGGGUUAUCCACCUGCUUUCGCGUACUAUAUUUCCGGUGGCAGGGGCGACGAGGACCGAAUUUUUAGAUUGUUGCUGGCCGUGUAUCAUCCUAGGAAUAGAUAUUUGCUGCACAUUGCUGCAGAUGGGACUGAUGAAGAGAGGACGAGGUUGGUGGCAAUGAUUAAGUCUGUGGCUGCAGUUCGGGCCUUUGGGAAUGUGGAUGUGAUAGGGAAGCCCGAUCCGGUCACUUACAUGGGGUCCACGAAUAUUGCGGCCGUUCUCAGGGCAGCUUCGAUUUUGUUGAAGUUGGAUGGUGGAUGGGAUUGGUUUAUCACUCUAAGUGCAUUGGAUUAUCCACUGAUUACGCAAGAUGAUUUAUCCCACGCAUUCUCAUCUGUUAAGAGAGACCUGAAUUUCAUCGAUCACACAAGUGACUUGGGAUGGAAAGAGGGUCAGAGAAUUGAGCCCAUUGUAGUUGACCCAGGUCUUUACUUGGCCCGAAGAACUCAAAUCUUUCAUGCUACAGAGAAGAGGCCAGUGCCCAAUGCCUUCAAGGUUUUUACAGGUUCUCCAUGGGUUAUCUUGAGCAAAUCCUUUCUCGAGUUUUGUGUUUUUGGUUGGGAUAAUCUAUCUCGGACUCUUUUAAUGUAUUUUACUAAUGCUGUCUUGUCUCAAGAAGUGUACUUCCAAUCUGUUAUUUGCAAUUCACCGGGGUUUAAAAACGUGACAGUCAAUUCUGAUUUAAGAUAUUUUGUCUGGGAUAGCCCUCCUAAGAUGGAGCCCCAUUUCCUUAACAGUUCAGAUUAUGAUAAAAUGGUUCAAAGUGGAGCUGCUUUUGCCAGACAAUUUGAAAAAGACGAUCCAGUUCUUGACAUGAUUGAUAAAAAGAUCCUCAAUCGUGAUCGAAACCGAGUUGUUCCCGGGGCGUGGUGCGCGAGCCGAAAGAGCUGGUUGAAGGAUAGUUGCUUGAGGUGGGGUGAUGUGAAUGUUGUAAGGCCGGGACCUGAGGUAAAAAAGUUAGAAGAGACCAUAACGAAACUUCUUGAUGACUGGAAGUCAAAUUCAAAUAUCUGCAGUUGA